AUGUUCGCUCAGACAAGUCCCACAGCUACGGCUAGAAAACAAGCCGAUGAGUCUUCAACAGAUCAACCAGUUGUCGUACAAUGGUCUGGACCCAACGAUAUUCAUAACCCGUAUAACUGGUCUCUCAAGAAGAAAUGGUUUGCCGUAGGCCUAGGCCUCUUCGCGACAUUCAUAUCGAUGAUGAACGGAACCAUUAUCACAACAGCCCACGAAGCCAUAGGCGACGAUUUCAACGUUAGCGAUGCAAACUUCCCACAUUCAUAUUGGCCGGUCACAUCCUGGGGCCUUGGCGGUGCAUUGUUCUCGCUGGUGUUGCUCCCAAUCAUGGAAGACUUUGGCAUGAGGAUGAUAUUUUUGUUGGUCUACACCGUCUUCCUCUGCUUUCUUAUCCCAGUUGGAGUAGCACAGAACUACGAGACUCUUAUUAUCACCCGGUUCUUUAGUGGCGGCUGCUGCACUAUAAUUGCCAACAGCGUGGCAGGCAUCAUCGGUAAUGUCUUUGCUACCGACAGAGAACGAACAAUCCCUACUGGAUUGUACAUCAUGAUUUACUUGAACUCGAGCAGCCUGGGGCCGGUUAUCGGAGCCGCUAUCUUUCAGCACCUACCCUGGAGAUGGAUUGGCUACAUCGAACUCAUCUGGACGGGUGCCUUCUUCCCGAUUUUUAUUUUGGCACUGCCUGAGACAAGAGGGUCAGCGAUAUUGACGGCGCGAGCCAAAACUCUUAGAAAGCAAGGGCAGAACGCCUACAGUCAAAAAGAACUUGAGUCAAAGUCAAUUAUCCAUGAUAUCUGGGUGAGCAUCCAGCGUCCUUUGUACAUGCUUUGUACCGAGUCAGUGGUAUUCAUCUCCACUAUCUGGACUUCCUUCAGCCUGGGUGUAAUCUAUCUCUUCACGCAGUCUGUUGAACAAGUUUUCGCCGAGCUGUACGGAUGGAAUGCUCUGGAAGCCGGUUAUGUGCAAGCUGCCAUUGUCAUUGGCGAGAUUCUAGGAUUUGGCGUCUGCGUCAUGACAGACAAUUGGUAUUACGCUUCUGCUUCGCGUAACAAGGAAGUUCCGGGAAAGCCCAUCCCCGAAGCUAGACUAUACGCUGCUGUUAUCGGAGGGUUUGUCGGUGUUACUGGUGGAAUGUUUGUGUACGCCUGGACAAGUUAUUCCUCAGUCAGCUGGGUUGGACCUGCGUUUGGGCUAAUGUUGGUUGGACUUGGAACUGAGGCUGUUGUUGUUAGUAUCGCAAACUACCUGAUUGAUGCGUAUAGCAACUAUGCCGGAAGUGCCAUCGGAGCGACAGUCCUAGGGGAAAACUUGGGAGUUGCGUUUCUGCCGCUUGCUUCUAGUAGCAUGUACACAAACCUCGGCUUCCACUGGGCGAGUUCACUUCUGGGAUUUAUCUCGUUGGUAUUGGCAGCUGCACCUAUUGCUGUUUUCAUCUGGGGUAAGGAAAUCAGGGCUAGAAGUCCGUUUAUGAAGUCGGCUAUGACGAAGCCGCUCGAGUUUGCAGAUGCGCCAUCGGAGGAAACAGAUGAUUAA